AUGAGCAACAUACCAAUCAAAUUGUUGAGCGAAGCUCAAGGCCAUGUUGUUUCUUUGGAGCUAAGCACUGGUGAGACAUACAGAGGUAAAUUAGUAGAUAGUGAGGAUAAUAUGAAUGUUCAGUUGCGCGAUGUAACGCACACUGGAGUGAAUAGUGAGGUAACGAGAAUGGAUGAUGUCUUCAUUAGAGGAUCACAAAUUAGAUUUUUUGCACUACCAGAUAUGUUGAAACAUGCACCUUUGUUUAAGACGGGACCUCAGUCUAAACCUCCACCACCAAUACGUGGACCAAGAAGGAGAUAA